CACAUAGUAAAGAAAGUAAAAAGCGAAAAUAUGAAGAAAGUUUUACUUCACCUAAUUCUAAAGAAAAUUUUAUUGAUGUCGAUGACAUUACCGAUGUAAUUUAUAAGGCCCUUGCAAAUGUAGAGGAUAUUGAUGAAAACUUCGAAAGUAAUCAUGAAUUCUAUUUUGAGCAAGCAAUUAAACUGGAUACCUUAACUAAUGGUAUUCCAUUAGAUAUCGAACAAAAUAAACAUGAACAUUACCUUGCCAAGAAAAUUGUUAAUUAUGUCGAAAAGGGAGAUGGCUAUGAUUAU